AGGAGGACACAUGUUGGAGACCCGGCAGAAACAGAACAGAGAAAGUAGACAAAGAAGACUUUGGAUUGGAUUAUCUUUCUGUUGUUGGAUUACCUUUCUUUGUUUGGAUCUUUAUGUGUUUGCAACCUUAAAACUGAAGUGUAUGAGUGUGAAAACUCACAGCAAUCAUAAACAUGGCUGUGCCCUUUGCUUUGAGUUCUCCUAUCCUGGCUCUUGUCUUUUUUCAUUACCUGCACCUCCACAGUCUGGUUUGGGCCGCAAUGGACACCUGCUACGAUGAGAAGGGGGUCCCCAGCCGUUGCUUGCCUAAGUUUGAAAAUAUUGCCUUCAAUCGCACUGUGGUGGUAUCAAACGUGUGUGGUUCCCCGCCUGAGGAUUACUGCAUGCAGACCGGCUCAACACGCUUGUGUCACUACUGUGAUGCGUCAAACCCUGAGCUGAACCACAAUGCCAGCCUUCUGACAGACUUUAAUAGGAAUGAGGAGCCCACGUGGUGGCAAAGUCAGUCCAUGUACUAUGGCAUCCAGUACCCCAAUUCUGUCAACCUUACCCUGCAACUCGGUAAAGCCUUUGAGAUAACAUACAUACGCUUAAAGUUCUACACCAGCCGGCCAGAGAGCUUCGCCAUUUACAAACGUACAGAGAAGGAUGGGCCCUGGUUACCUUACCAGUAUUACAGUGCCUCAUGUGGGAAGACAUAUAAGAAGAAUACCAAAGGUUAUAUUCGCCCGGGAGAUGAUGAAAGGACUGCAUUAUGUACAGAUGAGUUCAGUGAUAUCUCCCCUCUCACUGGAGAAAAUGUGGCUUUUUCUACCCUGGAAGGUCGGCCCAGUGCCUACAACUUUGACCAAAGCCUGGCAUUGCAGGAAUGGGUGACAGCCACUGACCUGCUGAUCUCUUUGGACAGACUGAACACCUUUGGGGACGAGUUUUUUAAGGAUCCCAAAGUGCUGCGCUCAUAUUUUUAUGCCAUCUCAGAUUUCUCCGUGGGUGGGAGAUGUAAGUGCAACGGCCAUGCCAGUGAGUGUGUUGAGGGGGAACAGGGUGGCCUGGUGUGUGCCUGCCGACAUCACACAGUCGGAGACGACUGCGAGAGAUGUCACCCCUUUUACCAGGACAGACCCUGGGCCAGGGCCACUUGGGACGCCGCCAACGAGUGCUUGAAGUGUAACUGCAGUGGGAGAUCAGACGAGUGCAUGUUUGACAUGGAGCAGUACAGGAGCACUGGCAGUGGGGGGCGCUGUGUGAGCUGCAGAGACAACACUGAUGGGCCCCACUGUGAACGCUGCAAGGAAAACCACUACAGGAAGGUUCCAGAAAAGCCCUGCCUACCCUGCAACUGCAAUAUUAAUGGCUCAGUGAGUUUGCAGUGUGAUGAAGAAGGAAGGUGUCAGUGUCGAGUUGGCGUUACAGGGAAGAAGUGUGACACGUGUCAGGCUGGCUUCCACUCACUGGGUCCUGGCGGCUGCAGGCUGUGUGAGUGCAACCCCAGCGGGAGUUUGGAUCACUGCUCAUCUCUGGAUGGGCAUUGCUACUGUAAACUAAACGUGGAGGGGCAGAGCUGUAAUAGAUGCAAGCCAGGAUUUUUCAACAUGCAAAGAGAACACCCAGCAGGCUGCCAGACAUGUUUUUGCUUCGGUCACUCACUGGCCUGCUACUCAUCCAGUCACUACAGUAGGAUUGAAAUCACCUCAGACUUUUUUGAAGACCAGGAUGGUUGGUGGGGAGAGUUCUCCGGAGGACUGGAGUACUCCCUGCUGUGGAAGGAAGGCGAAGUCUACCUACUGCCUCUUAAUGAGGAAGACACUGGUUUCUACAGAGCCCCUGAGAAAUUCCUGGGUCACAAACUCAACAGCUAUGGCCAGCACCUCUCCAUCACCUUCACCUCUGAAACAUCAGAGCUGCUCCCUGACCACGUCAUGCUACUCCUCCAAGGGUCUGGACUCACCUUGUCAGCAGACCUUUCCUAUGAACCCCGACCCGAAAAUGACCCCAGCCUCCCACCACAGCGCUCCUUUAUUGUCAGGCUGCAUGAAUAUGAGACAAGAUUCAAGCCUCAUCUGUCUGCCUUUGAGUUCCAACGUCUCCUUUACAACCUGACAGCUCUGAAAAUCAGCAAUGCGGGGGGACAGAACUACACAUCACAGCUUGCGGGGGUAACCCUGACCUCCGCUUCGAUCUCCUCCAGUCCAGCCACUGCUCCCGCUCCGUGGGUGGAAACUUGCUCAUGUCCUCAAGGCUUUGCAGGCGAGUUUUGUGAGCGGUGCGCCCCAGGAUUCACUAGGGAGGACCCCAGUAGAGGGCUUUUCUCAACAUGUGUGCCGUGCAACUGCCACCAGCAUGGAACCUGUCAUCCAGAAACAGGGGUGUGUGAGUGCUCAGACUUCACCGCCGGGGCAACCUGUGAGCGCUGCCUGGAUGGUUACUAUGGCAAUGCCUUGACUGGCACACCUGGUGAUUGUCAAGCCUGCCCCUGCCCAGGCCGCAGCAGCUGCGCCCAGAUUGCAGAGACUGGGCAGGUCGUCUGCACCAACUGCCCCGCAGGACAGACAGGCGUUCGCUGUCAGAUUUGUGAAGAUGGCUACUACGGUGAUCCCCUGGGAACAUCCGGGACGGCUCGGCCCUGUGAAAGAUGCACCUGCAGUGGAAACGUGGAUUUUAAUGCUGUGGGAGUCUGUGACCACUUUACUGGGCGAUGCCUGAAGUGCCUCGGGCAUACAGAGGGCGACCAGUGCCAGCGCUGUAAGCAGGGUUUUUAUGGCGACGCCCUGAACCAAACAGCCAGGCAAAAGUGCAGGCCAUGUAACUGCAAUGAGGCAGGAACCCUCAGGCCUGUAGACGAAUGCCACCCUACGACAGGAAAUUGCUGGUGCCUGAAUCAUGUGACUGGGCGGGAUUGCAGUCACUGUGAAGUUGGCUUCUUCAACCUUCAGCCUGGCAUUGGAUGUGAAAGGUGUAAAUGUAACCCAAUCGGUUCACUGUCAAUGGCCUGCCAUCCAGUCACGGGGGAGUGUGUGUGUCGUGCAGGAGUGGAGGGGGGCCUGUGUGGCUCUUGCCAUGUGGGUUAUUUUGGAUUCUCCUCACGAGGCUGCAUAGCCUGUAACUGUGACCCAAUGGGAUCCGCUUCCAUGCAGUGCCACAGUAACGGCACCUGCCAGUGCCGCCAGGGCUUUGUGGGUCACAAGUGCAACAAAUGUGAGCUGAAUUAUUUCCAUAAUAGAGCCACACACCAGUGUGAAGAAUGUCCAGUUUGCUAUGGCCUUGUCAAAAAGCAGGCGGAAAAACUUCAGACUCGUCUGCAGGACAUGGACAAGCUCCUUGCUCACUUUGAUUGCCGAGGUAGAUUUGGGAAGCAGCACCACCCGCUGAAGUACAGCACGUUGGGGCUUUAUGAGGGGGAGCACCAAAGGGAAGAUACUUUUCCCAACGCACUGGAGGAUUUUCUGGCCUUCCAAGAGGCACGGGAGGCCUUCAUAAAACAAUUUUCCUUGCUGGAAGCUUCAGCAGGCGCACUUUCAGCUCAGCUGCAUGGCAUUACAUUUGCUUUGAACUGCAGCAUCAGCAUGACGGAGGAAGAAGACGGGAAAGAGGGGAAGGAUGGGAGGAAGGGUGAGAAACGUAGAGGAGCGUGUCAAACCUUCACCGAAAUUCUGCUGAUGAUUAGGUCAUCCGGGGAUCAGUUGAAGCAGGCAACACUGGAUCUGGACAAUGUGAUCAUUUCUUUUGAAGCCAUGUCAGCACCUAACAAAUGGAGCAUAAUGGUCAAUGACUCCCAGGUCCUAAUGAAACGUCACAGAGAAACGGCGGACCACAUUGAGGCCAUAGCCAGCAGGGCGGUACAUGAGUCAAAGCAGGCUUUCAACCUCCUGAUGGAUCUACUGCAGGAUAGCUCCACAGAGGAGUACAUCAGGAAUCUGACAGAGCAAAUAACACGAAUGCAGCAGCAGAAGCAAAACCUCACUGAGCUGCUAAAUAGUACUGUAUCUGAACAUCUGGCCCUGGAGGAAGAAGAUGCUGCUUUUAAGAUUGCUCUGGGUAACAUCACAUCAUGCUUACAUCAGCUGGCUCUGAUGGAUAUCAGAACAGCAUCAGAGAUGGACCAAACUGAGUUCAACCAAACACAUCCGGACAACUACACUGCACAGCUGAUUGAGGACCUUUUGAAACAAACAGAAGAGCUGGACCAACAAAUUCAGACCACAGAAAAUCUCAUCCAUAAAAUCAGCAAGGAGACUGAGUCAGUAAAAAGGACAGCAAAGAAAAUCUUUGAAAAAGAAGACACAAUAAAAAUGCUGCAGGGGGGUGUUCAGGAGGCAAAUGUUGUGGCUUUGACAUCUGUGGUGAUGGGGAAAGAAGUGGAAUCAGAAGCUAUUUCUUUGCAUAGAAAAGUAGAAAAUAUGGUGGGAGAGUGGCCCCACAAGAAGGCUCAGACCAAGGCUGCACUGAAGAAGCAAAGACCUUUGGAAGAAAAGGUCCUGUCUGAAGUCAGGAAGAAGGUCAAACAAAUUGAGAAGAUGCUAGAACCUGCAAAGGAAAAUGCCACCCUAACGAGGAACACCACACUGGAUGCAGAACGAAUGGCACAUGAUGUGGCUAAGGGAUCCAAAGCCAUUCUGACUCAGGCCAAGCAUACCAGGACUGCAGCUUCUAACCUUAAUUCACAUAUAGGCUUUGCUUUAAAGCAGCUGUCAGAGCAAGAAUUACUAACAGAGAAUGCAAACGCCAUGAUCCCAACAGAGCCUGAAGUGUCCCUUGCCAGCAUAAAACAUGACAUGGAAGCAGCUAAACUCCAGUUAGCAACAUACUCUGUUACUCUAAGUGAACUAAUCAGCAAAAUAGAUGGGAACAUUCCACUGGAACGAUUUGAUCGGAUCCUAAAUGAGACAGAGCGCCGUCUCAGCAUGCUGCGUGGGAGUGUGGAGAGCCCGGCACUAGGCUCCAAGAUCCAGAAGCUGCAUUCUGCUGCUAAAGAACAGCAGAGCCGCCUGUCCCUCAUCGAGCAGGACAUCCAGGAGAUAAGGGAGGAGAGAGACAGUCUCAGGGACAUUGCCUCGAACCUGCCUCAGUCGUGCCCCCAGGCCUUGGCAGAAGGUAAAGCCUAGAAAUGGGAGAUGAUGAGGAUCGCAACAUCAAUAAAGCACCCAAACAUCAGAAAAAGUCUGGGAGGAUGUUUUAAUAAAAAGAGGUGUGGUCAUUUUUUUUUCAGCUUCUAAAAUGCACUGAUGUCUUCUCACAUUUUUCCCUCUUUUGCCCUAAGCUGCAAUUCAUUUUCCCAUCACUGAACAAAGACACACACAUUUUAGCCAAAUGCCUCCGAGCUCUCCUCUGUCUCCAGUGAUUCAUACCUGAUACUCCACCUUCGUCUUGAUGUUUUUCUUUCUCACUCUCCCCAUUUCAGUUUUCCAAUCUCUUUUUAUUUUUUUCACCAACAUUUUCCGAUUUUCAAUUUCCCUGUGAAUGAUAUUAACCAGUCACUGUGAGCUGCCAAAAAGCCCCCACAAGUUUUGGGAGACUGCUGACUUUCCUUUGUGAGGGUAAAAAGGUGUGUCUGAGGGCUCCUUCAGACUGACACAUUCAUUUACACUUCAGCUCUUCUUUCAUCAGCGCACCUUAAUUAACAAUUAGUCAUCUUGGCCUCAGCGGGACUCAGGUCAGGCUUCAGCAACACGAAGCCGGGGUUUUUUAGAUUCCCACAGUGCCUACCUGCCUGCUUUUGUUUUCCUCCUUUACUGAGUCACUAUCAACUUGUCAAGUUUCCUUGUGCCUUGGGGGUCACGGCUUGUGAGUAUGGCUGGCUCCUUGUGAUCAAAUUGUUUGAACAUCUCUUUAAAAGUUUCCUUAACUGACAUUGGUAAUGAACAGCCAUGGGCCGGUAUCACGGUACCUUCUAAAAAUAAAAACCAAAUUGUAUACCAUGGUCAAAUUGUAAAAACUGAAUUUUAAGGAAUUUCAGGUGAGUAGAGUAGCCAAACGUUAUACUCGAGACAGAGUACCAUCAAUUGAAAAUAAUACAGUACUCGAGCAGUAGUAAAGUGUAGUCAUCAAAACAAUGCUUAAUAAGAAUAAAAAGCUAUUCUAUUAAAACACUACCUAAGCACUGAGUAAGUGUCUGAUUUAGUUGAAAUAAUGUAAUCUAACAAAAAAACAUGUUAACUUUGUAAAUUCUGGUAUUUUCAAAUAACCCAAAGGAGAGUAAAAAGUAGAAUCUUUACAAAUAAAUCAAGUCACUGGAUGCACAUUUUCACCACAAAGGUUUUGAAACCAACAUCUGCAGUAAAAACAUGUCUAUAAACUAUGAAACAUAGUGUAUACUAUACAUUUACGUGCACUUCAAAUGCCACAGUAGGCGCAGCAGCUUUGUGUCUACGUACACAAAGUCUGACUUCACUGUAUUCUGUGGGUGUGUGUCUAUAUCUGGUGGAUGUUUGAUUAAAAAAUGCUUCUUCCUCAAUCAGUAAAGUGACAAAACUUUUACUCUUACUAAGAGUAAUGUUAAUUUGAAAUAUUUAUUAAGUAAAACAUGUGCUGCAGUAAAUCUACUCUUAGAAGCACAUUCUGCCACUGAGUACAUUUAAUUCAUUAUUACCAACCUCUGGUUUUAUUUGAACAAAAACCUGGGAAUGUCUCUUUAGUUUAGCACCCAGAGAAAGCUAUGAAGAGUAUAUCAACCAUAGCAUCAUAAGCAGCUUACCUCUAGCCAGUGGUGAUAUUCUCGCAGUGCUUAUAAAUUGUUUGCAAGUUGUGCUUCAUCCGGUUGAGGCAUUAAUAACAUUUUAACAAUAUCCCACUCCACAAAAACUCAGCAAAUACAACAAUGUAAUGGUUUACAAAGUUAUUGGUGUUAUCUGUAAGAACUGAUAUUUUGAUUGUGAUACAUUGAGCAAAUCCCAUGACUGUCUGCGUUUUUCUUGAGCGACACUAUUUCCGAACAACUGAAUUUGUCUUUCAUUUAAGAAAGGAGAAAAUGCAGGAGUUUUCAUUUGGUAAGUUGACCAGGUGUGUGCAGCAACAGUGUGGGGGAGGGGUGCCAACAUGCCAUACUAAGCUUUAUACAAAACAGGAAAAACUCUGUUCCCGUAAGCACUUUUCUGGCGUCUGAUUGAAAAGCACCAUAAACAGCUGAAAUUCUGUUUUUGGCCUUGUAAAAUCUUGGUCUGCCUUGAUACCUCAACCAGCCCAUGUCUGUUCAUAAAUUAAUGGUCACCAGGAGUCACCUUGUACUUUAUUUAUGAAGGAUUAAUGUGAUAUGAUCUCAGUAGCAUACAAAGCCGCUUAAUAAUCAGAAAUAUAUUAUUAGUAUUUUAGCCAAUAGAGGAAAAAUACACUAUAAAACAUACUUGAAAUGGUACAUCUUUAAGUAUCUAUUGUUAAUUAACCAAAACGUAAACUGUGUGACAUCAUGAGAUGGGAUGAUUUUACUUUGCUGAAGAAAUGUGUAAAACCACAAAUGCAACAUAUCACUGAGCGUAAUAAAUAUUGUCUGGAAAACUUU